UCCAGUAAGGAAGUCAAACUGUCUAUUCAAACGAAGUUGUUGAUCUCGGCUUUAUUUAUUGAGUUAAUUCACAACCAUUCAUUAUAAUCGAUUGAUCCACCGGCCUGUCUAAUCGCAGUGGACCGUCUGCAUAUCCAUGUCCAGCAAACGCAACCACCAUCGUGAAUGAGAAACCUGCAUUGAACUGUCUAUCAGCUUACAGUAGUUGACUUAAACGUAACAUGGCAAAAUAAGUUACAACAAACUUGCCUCUGAAACCCAGACCCAAACUGUCCUGAACAUCGGAUAUUUAUCAGGAAAGGAAUCAUGGCUGGAGAAGAUCCAUACCUCCCGGCUCAUGGAGGGUACAUGGACACAUUGGAAACAUUCAGAGAAGACCACCUAUGGAUGCCUAUGGACCAGUUUCAGACCAUCCAACACAACAAUAACACACUGAGGGCAGUUGACGGACCUUUUGUGCGAAUUAUCGAAGAACCAAAACAGAGGGGCUUCAGGUUCCGCUAUGGAUGUGAAGGCCCCUCCCACGGAGGACUCCCAGGGGCCUCCAGUGAAAAGAACAGGAAGUCUUACCCACAAGUCAAGAUCUGUAACUACCAGGGUUCAGCACGAAUGGUAGUUCAGCUGGUGACCAACACUCAGGAGCCCCAUCUCCACGCUCACAGCCUGGUGGGCAAACAGUGCGAUAAAGGAAUCUGCAUCACUGACUUGCAGCCCAAAGAUUCAAGCAUCAGUUUUCCUAACCUGGGCAUUUUGCACGUUACAAAGAAGAAUGUGAGUAAAGUUCUGGAGGAAAGAAUGAUCGAGGCCUGUAGGAUGGGAUACAACUACGGUGUCUUCAUCCAUCCUGACAUAAAUGCUCUCCAAGGAGAGGUCCGCAUGCCCAGAGAACUCACAGAUCAUGAGAGGAACCUGAUCAUCAGUGCGGCCUCUCAUCAGGCCAAGGAGAUGGAUCUGAGUGUGGUGCGGCUCAUGUUUACGGCCUUCCUGCCUGAUAGCGACGGAGGGUUCUCUCGUAGACUAGACCCAGUUAUAUCACAGCCCAUCUUCGACAGCAAGGCCCCGAACGCCUCCAAUCUGAAGAUAGUGCGGAUGGAUCGGACUGCCGGCUGUGUGACAGGAGGAGAGGAGGUCUACCUGCUGUGUGACAAAGUCCAGAAAGAUGACAUCCAGGUGCGUUUUUAUGAAGACGAUGAUUCAGGUUUGACCUGGGAAGCGUAUGGGGAUUUUUCCCCCACAGACGUUCACAGACAGUUUGCCAUCGUUUUCAAGACGCCCAAAUAUCGGGACCAGAACCUUCAGAAGCCCAUCUCUGUAUUUGUGCAGCUGAAGCGGAAAUCGGACAACGAAACGAGUGAACCUAAGCCAUUCACCUACCAUCCACAGAUAAUAGAUAAAGAAGAAGUCCAGAGAAAGAGACAGAAGACCUUGCCCAACUUUCCGGACUACAGUGGAGCGGGAGGUGGAACUGGAGGCAUGUUCAGAGGAGGAGGAGGCGGGUCCACAACAGGGGGUGGUUCCAGUGGAGGAGGAGGACAUUACUUCCAGGGCUAUCAAACCUAUAACAAUUACGGGUCUGGAUACAACUUCUCUGCGGGAAUGGGAGGAGGUGGGACCACCAUCAAGCAUGCACCUCAAGACCCUGUGGAAGACAGUGAUGAAGAUAGUGAUGAAGACAGUGAUACAGACGAUGAUCCAGCAGCAGGUAGUGUGGUGCGAAUCUGUGCCCCGCCAGAAACUGUUGAUGGGAGGGUAGCGAGUGAAGACACAGAAUCUACGGAAGAUGUGUAUUCAGAUGCCACAAGGUGUGUUUUUGAACCCCAUCUGGCUGCGCUAGCUGAAAAACAUGCUCAAGCUCUCUAUCAAUACGCAGUAAGUGGUGAUGCUAGAACACUUCUAGCUCCACAGCGCCCCCUCAUGACCACUCAGGAUGAGAACGGAGACACGGGUUUGCAUCUGGGAGUGAUCCACAGUCAGACAGAUGCAGUACGAACUUUAGCCCAAGUCGUUGCUGCUCUUCCCGGAGAGGAUGUUCUGAACAUGAGGAAUGAUCUCUACCAGACUCCGUUGCACCUAGCGGUGGUAACGCAGCAGAAAGAGGCAGUGUAUGCCUUGUUGGAGGCCGAAGCGGACAUCACGCUCACAGAUCGCCAUGGAAACACAGUACUUCACCUUGCGGCUCAGCAGAAAGAAAGCAGCGUGCUACGGUUGCUGCUAAAGCACAAAUCAGUGACGCGGUUAACUAGUGUCCACAACACAGCAGGGCUCUGUCCACUCCACAUGGCUGUGCAGGCGAACAGUUUGAGUUGUGUAAGGGCACUGCUGGAGAGCGGGGCAGAUGUGGAACUUCAGGAGCUCACAUGUGGCCGCACUGCACUUCACCUGGCCACAGAGCUGGACAACCUUUCCCUAGCUGGAUGCCUUCUACUCGAGGGUAACGCAAAUGUAGACAGUAUCACAUAUAACGGUUCCACAUCUCUGCACAUUGCUGCAGGACGGGGCUCAACCAAACUUAGCGCACUCCUCAUCGCUGCAGGAGCAGAUCCUCACAAAGAGAACUUUGAGCCACUGUUCUUCAAAGACGAUGAGUGGUGUGCUACAUGUGAGGAUGAGGAGGAGGAUGAAGGCUAUAUCCCUGGGAUGACCCCAAUGAACAUGGCAACUUCCCCAGAGGUUUAUGAUAUUCUUAAUGGACAAGAGUAUCAACCCACCACUGUUGUAGUUCCUCCACAAGGUGACAUGCAGAGCUUGAGCUCCGAGAUGAAGCAGGAUCUCUGUCAGUCUCUGGAGGAGCAGACGGGAGGCUGGGAGCGUCUGGCUCAUGCUCUGGGGCUUGGCAUUUUGACCAGUGCUUUCAAACUCAGCUCCUGCCCUGCUGGAAAGCUGCUGGACAGCUACGAGGUUUCUGGAGGAACUGUGUGUGAUCUGGUCGAGGGACUGAAGCGUGUUGGGAACAGCAGUGCUGUCAGUUUACUGCAGGCUGUGUGUAAAGAGGCAGAAGCCAUCCACACCACACCUCAACUCGCAGGUCCAGGGCUUUGUAAGACCAUUCAGAGUUUGACGCUUGGCCCCCAUCAGGAGGAGAGUGGGAUAUGCGACAGCGGGGUGGAGACCUCUUUCUAGAACCCCAGCCUGUCUCGCUGACUCUGCAUCUACGAACGCAACGACUCAAACUGAGGCCUGACUCUAAAGACCAGCUUCUUCUUCCUCACUACAGCAGCAUUGCCACUCAGCCUGAUGCCACACCUCCAAACGCUUUGAUUGGUGGACGUUAAACAGCCCAAUGCAGACACUCCUCAGGCACACCCGAAAUGUAAAUGAGGGAAAUCUGAGGAUGUUAACUGAGGAGUUCUCAAACUUUCUGGCCAUGGGGAUAUAUAUAUAUAUAUAUAUAUAUAUAUAUAUAUAUAUAUAUAUAUAUAUAUACAGCUUUUAAUAUGAAUAAGUACCAAAAAGCACUUAUUUGUACAUUUUAUUUUUAACUUGUAUAAGAGCUAUAUUGGCUUGGCUAUUUUUUUUAUAUUACUAAAUAGCUGUGUUUUCAUUUGUGGUUAAGCUGAGUGAGGAUUUGACUGAGAAUAUCCAGGUUGCUAAUAUCUGUGCAAAUGUGCAUUUGAUGCUCCUUCAGGAAACGCAAUAUUUACUCUCUUGGGCCUUAUUUGCUAAACAUUAUUGCAUGAAAUAACAGUUUCACAAAUAAGAAAACAAUUUCAGUGCAUGCAGGGUGUUCUCAAGUAGUUUUCUUUCUUUUUUCAAACAGUCGGAUUCAGGAACGGCACACUCCUCACACUUUUCUAUUUGGCUAACCUCUUAUGCAAAAGUCCUGAUGUAGUCCAGCUUAAGAGGGCUUUUCUCUUGGUGCUGGAUCAUGCAAGAUGCACACCUUAGCCAUGUGUGGAGGAUAAUUAUAGUAUCAUCCUAAGAGAAAAGAAUCGUCUAUUGGAUUACCAUGACUCUCUGGACCAAUCAGAUCCUUCCCUUCAUAAAAGACCCUCAGAAGCACACACACACACACAAAACAUGAAGCUUGUUCAACUGCUGUUUCUUGCCUUUUUUCAGCUGUGAUGCACAGCAUUGUUUAGGAUUGGAUUUUUUUUUUCAAAUUAUUUUUAGUGGUGCUACCUUGAAUUUCUGCUCACAGGUUCUGAUAAAACAAACACGAAACGUCAUAAGCUUUGAGAGAAUAUCCUCUCGUUCAUCUCCACAUAAUUCAUUAAUUUCUAAAAACAGGAGGGUUAGUCCUGGGCAGUUAAAUCAGCUGGUUCUAAGCGAAUAAGAGUGUGAACUAAUGUUUUUCAAAAGAGUGUGUUUGACUAGAUUAUGAUCUGGACUGUGUCUGUGUUUGAUUCAUACAGACUUUUAAGAUCUGUACGGGGUGUGUGAAUGGCGAUCGUAAUAACCAGAUACCCCAAAAUGAAAAUUCUGUCAUCAUUUACAGAAUGAUGAAGAUUAUUAAAAGAUAAAUGUCUUUUUUUGGGUUCAACGGAUGACACAAAGUCAUUUGGAAUGACAGUGAGUCAGUGAUGACAGAAAAUGAUUUUGGGAUGAACUGACCCUUUGAUCUCAGGUUGUUUAGGACAGAAUAUUGCUCUUAUAAUAUCUGGGAUCAGUUCUGAACUGUUUGUUCAACGUUACGCAACAAUAUAAAUGCAGACCUUAACCAAGAUCAACUCUCUGUUUGCUUUGUGACAUUUUCUAGACCUGAUCUUUGGACUGAUGGAGGGACUUGUGUGACACGAAAAUGCUUUCCGCCAUUGUGAUAUUUUUAUAGUAUAGUGAAUGCUAACAAGAGCAACAUAACUCCAAACCAAAGGUUUGUCAGGCACUGUAAUCUAUUUAUGUCUGUACCCUGUGAAACAGUGUUGUACAGAGGGAAAAAUGUGUGUGCUUUGUUACUGUUGUUAUUGUAAUACUUUUAUAAUAAAAUUAUUAAUUGUUUGUAACUGUUUUGAUGUCAUGUAUAACUUGUGUUAUAUCUGUAAUGAUGUACAUAUUGAAUAUCUACCCCCCAAUAACAUUAUAAACGCUGU